AUAAAGAAGGUCUGUAUACAACCACACCAAGAACACCAAAACGCAGAUGUGUGAGCAUGUCUAAAGGUGUUUGCUUGGAUUCAGACCAACCUAUCAAAACUCCAUAUCAGAGUAGUUGUGUGACGUCACUGAAGUCUCAAGUUCCCACGUCAACAGACAUAACAACAACGAGGAAAACAACUACUCAGAAGCAGCAAAAGAACAGACGAAAAAUUCUUCAUGAUAUUACCAGUAUAUCUAAUUCGCUUGCUUUUGAUUGUGAAGAUACGCCAGUAAAAACAGUGAAUGACUUAGACGAAGAUAACGUGACUGAUGAUGAUGAAUCUUAUCAUGAUGGCGAUGAUGACUUUGGAGGAAUUAUUGAAGAACUUGAUGGGGAUUUAGAGUUUGAUUGUAGCUCUCAGGAAAGUUCCGAGUCUGAGCUGGAUGAAGAGAGUGUUGAUCAUUCUAUUGGUGAAAAAACAUGUACUAACAAGCAUCAAAACCAGAGAAAAACAACAUCUGCCAAAGAGACUUUUUUACCAAGAAGUGUUCGAUCAAUAGCAUAUAUUGACGAGGGUGAUCCUAAUUACUCAUGUUCUCACUGUGGCGCUAUUAUGUGGUACGGAGAGCGUAUUAACAAACGCAGGAAUGCACGGACUCCUACUUUUACUCUGUGCUAUAUGCAAGGUCAAGUAAAAUUGCCACUAUUACAAGAUCCUCCGGAUGUACUGAAAAGAUUGCUUGAAGGGGAUGAUAAACUAAGCAAACAUUUUCAGAGAAAUUUGAGACCUUACAAUAUGGUUUUUUCAUUUACUUCACUUGGUGGUAAAGUUGAGAGAUCAGUGAUGAAAGGAAUAGGCCCAGAUAUGUUUCAAUUGCAUGGAGAAAAUUAUCAUCUAGCAGGCAGUUUGAGACCAAAAGAUGGUACUAAUGCCAAAUUUGGGCAGCUCUAUAUUGCGGACACAGAGAAUGAGGUGGAAAAUAGGGCGAAAUGUCUGAGCAAUGGUAGCAUGAGUGGGAAAGUAAAAGAAAAGGAUACUUUGAAGAAAGAAAUCAUUGAGGCUUUGAUCAAGAUGUUAGAUGAUGUGAAUCCGUAUGUUCAAAAAUUUAGAUCAGCAAGAGAACGGUUUGAUACUAAUCCAGAAGAUGCAUUUCAUAUGAGGAUUAUUAGUGAUCGACUUAAAGAUGGAAGGACAUACAACACACCAACAGCAUCUGAGGUAGCUGCAUUAAUUCCUGGAGAUUUUAAUCUUGAUAUGGAUAACAGGGAUAUAGUGCUUCAGCAACAUUCAGGAAAGCUUAUGAGGAUUAAUGAUCAUGCUUCCUAUCUAGCACUACAGUAUCCUCUAUUGUUCCCUUAUGGAGAAGAUGGAUUCAGACUUGGAAUUAAGAAAGGUGUUACUGAAGCUACAAAAAAGCAGAAGAAAACUACAAUUAGUAUGAGACAGUUCUUUGCAUUUCGUCUGUUCGAACGUAAGAAUGAGUCACGACAUCUCCUACAUUCUAGACGUCUAUUUCAGCAAUUUUUGGUGGAUGCUUAUACAACUAUAGAGUCUAAUCGUUUGCGCUAUCUGAAGUUCAAUCAUUCUACUUUGCGAUCUGAUAGUUCUGACUCUAUCAAAGAAUCAGAGACUGCUGGGAAGAUCGAUAUGCAUGAACAAGGAACAGAAUUUGUAUUGCCUGCUUCUUUCACUGGUGGUCCUAGAUACAUGAAGAACAAUUACUUGGAUGCUAUGGCUAUUUGUAAGCAUUUUGGAUUUCCAACUCUUUUCAUCACUUUUACAUGUAAUCCGCGAUGGCCAGAGAUCACUAGAUAUUGCAAAGAGAGGAAACUGAACGCGGACGAUAGACCAGAUGUUCUUUGUAGGAUAUUUAAGAUGAAGCUUGAGUCACUGAUGGAUGAUUUAACCAAAAAGCAUCUUCUGGGGAAGACUGUUUCAUCAAUGUACACAAUUGAGUUUCAGAAACGUGGCCUACCUCAUUCACAUAUUCUUUUAUUCAUGCAUCCUGAUGACAGACUUCCCACAACAGAUGACAUAGACAGGAUAAUUUGCGCAGAAAUUCCUAAUAAAUCAUCAGAGCCAGAACUUUAUGAUGUGGUUAAAGAUAUGAUGAUGCAUGGACCAUGUGGAGCUGCAAAGAUGAAUUCUCCAUGUAUGGAGAAUGGAUUGUGCUCGAAAUUAUAUCCUAAGGCAUAUUCAGCAAAUACUACAAUUAAUCGAGAUGGCUUUCCAGUUUAUAGAAGGCGCGAGCAACCAGAAUGUUAUAUUGAGAAGAAUGGGAUGAAGUGUGAUAAUCAGUGGGUUAUUCCAUACAACAAGAAACUAUCUCUUCGCUACAGAGCUCACAUUAAUGUCGAAUGGUGCAACCAAGCUGGAUCAAUUAAAUACUUAUUUAAGUAUAUUAAUAAAGGACAAGAUCGUGUGACUGUGGCAGUGGAACCUCCUGAACAUGUGGUUGCAAACCAGUUGGAAAACGUUCAAGGGAGUGGGGAGAAGAAGAAAAAUGAGUUCAAAGAUUUCUUUGAUUGCAGAUAUGUUUCUUCAUGUGAAGCACCAUGGAGAACCUUUAUGUUCUCGAUUCACUAUCGAUCUACAUCAGUUGAGAAGCUUACUUUCCAUCUACCUGGAAAACAACAUGUUGUUUUUAGAGGUAAAGAUAAGAUGAAAGCGGUUGUGACUCGGAAGCUCAUUGAGAAUACAAUGUUUUUGGCAUGGUUUGAGUUGUGCAAGGUCGAUUCACUGGCUGCUACCUUGCUAUAUGUUCAGAUUCCCAAUUUUUUUACUUUUGAUAAAAGUAAGAAGAAGUUCAAAAGAAGAAAAAAGGGAUUCAGUAUCGGCAGAAUUAAUUAUGCUCCCCGUAAACAAGAAGAUGCGUAUUAUCUUCGCGUGUUGUUGAACGUUGUGAGGGGUGCUACCAGUUACGAUCACAUAAAAACAUUUGAAGGCGUUGUUCACGAGGGCUACAAAACAGCAUGUUCUGCUCGUGGGUUAUUAGAUGAUGAUCAUGAGUAUAUUGAUGACAUGUUGAGGAGAAGUUAUGAUAGCUUAGCAAGUGAUCUACGUCAGGUGUUUUCUAUGAUGCUUCUUAAUGAUAGCUUAGCAGCACCAGAGAAUGUAUGGGAACAUACUUGGGAGUGUUUGUCUGAAGAUAUUGAGCAUAACCGGAGAAGAUAUUUCAAUAGACCAGGACUUGUGUUAAGUGAUGAAGAGAAACAGAAGUAUGCUUUACAAGAGAUUGAAAAACUUUUGAGAAGAAAUGGAGAUUCGCUAGAGAGAUUUACCAAGAUGCCUAAGGUCUCAGAAUCAAGUGCAAAUGAUUCAAACGUCCUUAUAUUAGACGAGCGCAGUUAUCCACGUGAAGCAUUGUUAGAAACUCUUGAAAGAGAUGCUCCAAAGAUGACAGAUGAACAAAGAAAAAUAUUUGAUGAGAUUAUUGCUGCUGUUACAGAAGGAAGAGGAGGAACUUUUUUUGUUUAUGGGUUUGGUGGAACUGGUAAAACUUUCCUUUGGAAGUUACUAUCGGCAGCUAUUAGAUCCAGAGGAGAUAUUGUACUUAAUGUUGCAUCAAGUGGAAUUGCUUCUUUGUUGUUACAAGGUGGUCGGACUGCUCAUUCAAGAUUUGGUAUACCUCUUAGUCCUGAUGAGUUCUCAACAUGUACUAUGGCUCAUGGAACAGAUCAAGCUAAUUUAGUAAAAGAGGCAUCACUCAUUAUAUGGGAUGAAGCACCCAUGAUGAACAAGCAUUGUUUUGAAGCUUUGGAUAGAAGCUUAUCUGAUAUUGUUGGGAAGCAUAGAAACAAACCUUUUGGAGGAAAAGUUGUUGUUUUUGGAGGCGAUUUUAGACAGGUUCUACCUGUGAUUAAUGGAGCUGGGAGGGCAGAGAUUGUAUUGGCAGCAUUGAAUUCUUCAUAUCUUUGGGAGCACUGUAAAGUUUUGAAACUCACAAAGAAUAUGAGGUUGUUGUCGGGAUGUUUAACAACUGAAGAGGCAAAUGAUCUAAAGGACUUCUCAGAAUGGAUAUUGAAAGUUGGGGAAGGUAAACUUGCAGAGCCUAAUGAUGGUGAGGCUGAGAUCCAAAUUCCUUCUGAAUUUUUGAUUACUAAUUUUGAAGAUCCAAUAGAAGCCAUCAGUAAAGCAGUGUAUGGCGAUUUUGUGUCUCUACAAGAAAACAAGGAGCCUAAAUUCUUCCAAGAAAGAGCUAUUUUGUGUCCAACUAAUGAAGAUGUCAAUACAAUUAAUGAUUACAUGUUGGAUCAGCUUGAAGGUGAAGAAAAGAUUUAUAUAAGUGCAGACAGUAUUGAUCCAAUUGAUAAAACUUCAAUGAACGAUGAAGCACUUAGCCCUGACUUUCUCAACAAAAUAAAGGUGUCUGGUUUGCCAAACCAUAGCCUUAGACUCAAGGUUGGUUGUCCUGUUAUGGUUCUAAGAAACAUCAAUCCUUCAGCUGGGUUAAUGAAUGGAACAAGGCUUCAGAUCACUGAACUGAUGGAUUUUAUGGUGAAAGCUAAGAUAAUUACGGGAGAAAAGGUUGGGAGUACUGUCUAUAUUCCUAGGUUAUUAAUAACACCAUCAGAUACCAGAUUACCUUUUAAGAUGCGCAGGAGACAGUUGCCUCUGGCUGUGGCAUUUGCAAUAACAAUUAAUAAAAGCCAAGGGCAAUCACUAUCUGAAGUUGGUAUAUUUCUACCAAGACCUGUGUUUUCACAUGGACAGCUAUAUGUUGCUGUGUCUAGGGUCACUUCUAAGAAAGGAUUGAAGAUUCUGAUUGUAGACAAAGAUGGUAAAUCUAAAACAAAAACUAUGAAUGUAGUUUUCAAAGAGAUUUUUAAUAAUCUGGAAGAGCAUGAGUGAUAAGGUAUUCUGAAUGAUAGUCUUAACAGUAAACACGUUUAUUUGUUUAUAUAAAUCAUAAGUUGA